GAACGCAUGUUUAAUGCGCAUGUCGUAUUCGUCAUUCAUCUUCACUGUGGCCGACAUCUCGGAAAUAUCUGUAAAACGAAAAUCUAUCAAUUUUUGCCUUCGGAUACAAUUUUAAUACAAAAUGCCUAACCAAGUGUUAAUUAUAGAGCCACAAAAUGAACUCAAGUUCAAAGUUGAUUAUGCAGGAAUCUUCGAGCUGAGUCAUACGACAUACAUGCAGUUGACAAACCCAUCUGAACAUACGGUUUUGUUUAAAAUCAAGACAACAGCGCCUAAGAAGUAUUGUGUUCGCCCUAAUUCUGGAGUGCUGAGUCCUAAUUCUAAAGUUGACAUAGCCAUUACACCCCAGCCGGUUCAUGUUGAUAACACUGAGAAACAUAAACACAAGUUUAUGGUGCAAAGUGUGAUUGCUCCAGAAGGAAAGACGAACAUAGAUCAAGUGUGGAAGGAAAUAAGUCCUGAUCAACUGAUGGAUUACAAACUGAAGUGCGUUUUUGAGUCGCCGCGAGGUGCCAAUCAGAAUGAUUCUGGUGACACUGCGGCGCCAACCGAAAUCAUCAAGAAGAGGGCGCCAGCGGAAGAUGCUAAGCUAUUAACAAAGGAUGCCGAAGGUCCCAUCCAGAAUGAAGUUAAGAGGAAGGAUGAUGACCACACGCCGGUAUCUCCUAAUGCAAAGACGACUUCUUUCCCAAAAUCUGAAAAUCUCGAAAGCGAUUUGCAAAAGGCGACGAACGAAGUCAUUCAUUUGAGAGAGGAGGAAAGCAAAUUAAGACAUGAAAAUCUGCGAUUAAAAGAGGAGUUGCUCCGCGUCCACCAGGGGGGUGAGUCUCGCAUGCCGCGCGGCCACUCGUACGGGCCGGAGAAGACUGAGCAGGUGGCGUUGAUGCCGUGGAUCGCCACCGCGAUCGGCAUGGCUCUGCUGGGAAUUAUCAUCGGCAAGUUCCUCAUGUGAAUGCCGCUCGACGCUGCGGUGAUGCGACGCCACCUCACAGAUGCCGCUGUUACAACACUCCCAACGCAUCCCUCACAUACGGCAGCUUAAACAUUUUAAUUACUAGCCACUUCUAACUUUAAAUGACUCGGUCGUGAGUGCGUCUCACGGCUCCGUUUUGGUUCCAUCUCGGUUUCCGCUUUGUCACACUGAAAACAUAGAUAAAACAUUAGCUAUAGAGUCGAGCUUGAAAGUUAAUUUUUUUCCGUGUCGCCUAUUUGCUACAUGAAUCCCCCUUCCGUAAGUUUUCAAGUACAACUUGACAUAGCGUUAGCGUUAAUCUGUCACUAUGACAUGGACGGACCAAUGAUCCUCAUGACGACUCCAUACAAAAUUUGUGGAUUAAUAUUAUCUUGAAAACUCACACUAGGGGCAUAGUUCAUUAAAAUCUUGUACAAUUGUUAUAAGAUUUACGCGCUUACAAUUAUAGUACUUAACUACCAAGUUUUAAAGCUCCAAUUCGUAUACCAUACAGCCAGCGAUAUUGAUAACGUUGGUAGGAUAAAAAUCAGUACUGCACAUGAAUGGUGACUUUUAAGCCUACAAACAUUAGGUCUAUUUCACUUUGAGAUUACAGGUGAUUGAUGCACCAAAACCACUCCACGAUUGUAAGCGUGAAUAUCUUAUACAUCAUUUUUAAAGAAUAACAGUUUUCUACUACAAGUAACUUCGGUUCUUGUUAUUUGUAACCUCCUUGGAUCCGAGAAUCCGAAAUAAUCUAAGACUCAUAAAAUUCAAGUGCAAGUCGGGUACUGUUAUGCGAGCAAUAAUCAUUGUAGACACAGUUCUGGGACUUUACUGCUAUAAGUUUAAAGCAGUGUUAAAAUAAUAUUGUUGACGUUUAAUUUCAGAACUAUAAUCCUAUUUUUAGGACGACAAGAUAUUUCAAGAUAAUACUGUUUUAAGCGAUGGUAGGAAGUUCUAAUGCGUAUGCGAUGCGAUGCUAAGAUCUCUGAAACCAAACUAGUCUUCAAGUAUUAACGCCGCUACACAUUAAUUCGAAGCUUAAAGUGUAUUCCAGCAACAUGGUAACGAGUUAUAAUGAGCAGGUUACAUUGGGAGGGACAAGGAAUAAAUUUAUUACUACAUUAUAUGACUAACUCAAGCCCGUCGGUCAGUCUGUAUCGUAUCUUUUUUUAUUUAAGUACUCUUAACUUAUUUAUAUUGGUACGGAUAAAUAUCCUUUCUAAAUGAUGAAGGAAAUGUUCCUCCGAAGUUUAUGUUAUUAAUUUUAUUUGUAUCUAUUUUAAGUACGGACGGAUCUUUGUUACAUCGGCUGGUAUCUGUCUUUAAUAAUCAUUCGUACCUACUGUAUUUUUUACAAAUGAAUGUAGGUCUGAACUAAAGAUGCUUUUAUUAGCACGCUUUAAUAUUUAUGUAUAUCAUAAUCUUAUAAACAACUAGCUUGAACUCCUUCUACGACUUCGUUUCCGUCUCCUAUGGGAAUACCAGAAAGUGUCAGGGAACCGUGGCUAGGAAAGGCUCUGUGCAAAGUUUCAAGUAAAUCAGAUGAAUGAUAUUGGAUAUAAAGAUAUGCAUAGAUCACGGAAAUAUAAUUUAUCGUUUAUACUUAUCUAUUUGAUUUUGAAAUAAUACUUGACAUUUGCACUUCGCACUUGCAUAAACAAGUCGCAACUUGUUGACGGGGAUAGCGUCAAGUAUUUAUCACGUCGUAACAGCUCUGCACCCAUACUGACAACUCGUGGAGCCUUUACAUAUUAAAAUUGGUGACGCUUUUGUAAUAGUAUAAUCCCCGGGCCUUAAUACAAUCGCAUGAAAAAAUUAAUAUUGUCGACGCUCUUUUUUCAGUACUUUUCCCUAAAACAGUACCUAUUAUCUUAAAAUUUGAAGACUUCCUUGAAAUAAGGAUUAUGAUUCUGAAACAAAACGUCAACAAUAUUAAAAUAAAACCGCUUUAGUAGGCCUGCAGUCCCUAAACUGUAUUCGCGAGAUGGAAGUACCUGUAAAAGCAAAAUUACUCAACAUGACAGUUUUGUUGAUAAAAGAUGUAAAAGAGUGUGUGAAAUGAUUAAUGGAAAAUAAUUAUUUCACGAUAUUAAAUUAGUAAUAUGA